GUUCAACACUGUUGGAGAAAACCAUACAUGAAUAAGGAAGAACCAGUAAUUCUUGAAGAGAACUUGCCUUCUUUGGACCCUUUCGAGGUAUUCGACGUAUGGUUCAAAAAUGUAGCCUCAAAAGCUAAUGUUUCUUUUGAGGAAGUUAAUGCUGCCUGUGUUUCAACCUGCUUAAACGGCAAACCGUCUUCACGGAUGGUUUUAAUGAAGGAAUAUGACAAAAAAGGGUUUUCAUUUUAUACAAGUUAUGAUAGUAGGAAAGGUAAAGAACUUGAAGCAAAUCCCUACGCCUGUAUUUUAUUCUACUGGCCAAAAGUCGAUCGUCAGAUACGAAUAGAGGGGAAGGUUGAAAAACUACCGAUACAGAUGGCUGAUAAUUACUGGAAUUCACGACCUUUAAAAAGCAGGAUUGGAUCGAAAGCUAGUGACCAAAGCACUGUUAUUCCAAACCGUCAGUACUUAAUUGAUAAAAGACAGGAGUUAACAAAACUUGCCGAGGAAAAAGGUGAAGGUGCGAUUACAAGACCGACUUCGUGGGGCGGUUAUCGUGUUAUCCCGAAUUACUUUGAGUUCUGGCAAGGUCAGUCAGAUCGCGUCCACGACAGGAUAGUUUUUGAGCUGGUAGAUGAUGGGAAAAAAUGGAUUAGAAAACGUUUAUCUCCUUAG